AUGUUUAACUCAGUGAAUCUAGGAAACUUCUGUUCUCAAUCGCGUAAAGAGAGGAGUGCUGACUUUGGAGACAGAGCAGGUUGCGCUUCCAAUCUCUACCUCCCUAGCUGCACCUAUUACGUCCCAGAAUUUUCAACUGUGUCAUCUUUCUUGCCACAGGCCCCCUCUCGCCAAAUCUCCUACCCUUAUUCCACUAACCUCUCGCAAGUGCAGCCAGUUCGAGAGGUCUCCUAUGGUCUAGACCCCUCUAGUAAAUGGCACCAUAGAAGCAAUUACGCCUCGUGUUAUUCCGCGGAAGAUCUGAUGCAUAGAGAGUGUAUCCCGCCUUCCACCAUGACCGAAAUGCUAAUGAAAAACGAAAGCGUGUACAGCCACCACCAUCCCAGCUCUAACCAUCCUGCAUCUACGGGAUUCUACUCCAGCAUGAACAAAAACAGUGUCCUGCCCCAGGGCUUUGAUCGGUUCUUCGAAAAUGCCUACUGCGGGACAGAGAACCCGCCUGAGAACUGUCUGCAGAAAAGCGAGAGCAAACUGGAAUCCGACUCCCAGCCCAGUGCACUAUCAUCCCGCGGAGAGCAAGGCAUAGACCCGGAAGACGAAGAGGAAAACACAAAUCCAGGGUCUUCAGCCUCGUCUUCUUCUGUCAACAAGGAAGGAAGCAAAAACAGCAACUCGAGUGCUCCCCGUACAAGAAAGAAGAGAUGUCCCUAUUCGAAAUUCCAGAUCAGAGAGCUAGAGAGAGAAUUUUUCUUCAAUGUCUAUAUAAACAAAGAAAAAAGGCUUCAGUUGUCUAGGAUGCUAAAUCUCACUGAUCGACAGGUUAAAAUUUGGUUUCAGAACAGAAGAAUGAAAGAAAAAAAAUUAAGCAGAGACCGCCUGCAGUAUUUUUCUGGAAAUCCCUUAUUGUGA